GGUGCACUGCCGCGGCGGCUCUGAACUCAGACCUCUUAUCUCCGGGUCAUGAGGCGAUCACCGUAAAGUUACGAAAACCGUGUGACACCUUUUCUAAAUGGAAUAAACUUCAAGGCAGUCACCGGAAAACUUUCGGACUCUAUGAUUCGACGGAAAACGACGGUUUUAACUUGUCCGCCGCCGCCGCAGCCUCAAACAUGGAGGAUCCAGAAAGAGCUCAGAGGAGGCUGUCAAGAGCAGGAGACAGUUUGUACAAGACCCUGGGCCUGGAGAAAGGAGCAUCUCCGGACGAAAUAAAAAGGGCGUACAGAAAACUGGCAUUAAGGCACCAUCCCGACAAGAACCCAGACAACCCCGAAGCUGCUGAGAAAUUCAAAGAGAUCAACAACGCCAACGCCAUCCUCAGCGAUGAGAACAAGCGUAAAAUCUACGACGAAUAUGGCUCCAUGGGCCUCUACGUGGCCGAGCAGUUUGGGGAAGAGAGCGUCAAAUAUUAUUUCCUUGUGUCCAAAUGCUGGUUCAAGGGCCUUAUGUUCUGCUGCACUCUUGUCACCUGCUGUUGCUGUUGCUGCUGCUGCUGCUUCUGCUGUGGGAAAUGCAAAGCUGAAGAAGAAGACAAUUUCGCCUACAUGGAUCCUGAAGACCUGGAGGCACAAAUCAGAGAACAGGAAGCAGCUGGAGACCCUGUAAUAGUUAUUCAGCCGAGCUCUAGCGAUGCAGCUGAUGCUAAAGGUGAGAGCUCACCGAUCGUGACUCAGCCUCAAGCAGCCAACGGCACCUCAGAGCACGGAGCCAUCCAGAUGCCCUGGAAGGAGGAGAGCUAAACAAGCCAGUGGGUGAUGGAGUCGGGUAGAUCCAGACGGCUUCAGGGUCUGGAUGGCAUCGUAGAACCAGGUUAUCAUCAGCGGCGGCGGCGGUGCUGAAGACCAGUAUAUAUGCAGUUUGUGUCUGAUGUGCAGAAAACAUUCAUCUCAGAGGCUUAUUUGUUUACAUGAAUCAACCAGCGCUGUGAUUGUGCCAUAGUUAGUUUUUUAUUUUAAGCCAGUGGUUUCAUAUUUAUCUUUUAAUUCCUUUAUUUCUGAACUUUGGGCAGCAGAGACGAAGCCAUGCAGAUCAAAGCCUCCGAUGAGCUCUUGAUUAGCUAUUUUGUGCACUUUAAACUCACAAGUUCAUAUCGAAAAUCCUAAAAAAAAAAAAAAAAGCCUCAAUGGUCUGUGAACGUCCCUGCCCAAAGUUCAGAAAUGUUUUAAUUAUUAUUUUUUUCUUUUUGUUUUUUUUCCAACAGGCUGAUUCAGGUUUUUAAGGUUGUUUCAGACCAAACAGUGUCUGGUCACAGUGCACAUAGAGACACACUGUAGUCAGAAAAUAAAGGGCUUCCUGACAUAGCAGACCUCCACGAGAAUAAAUAAAGGUAUAAAUGUUGUUGCACAUUUAGCUGACAGCUUGUAAAUACAUCAGAGAAGAUUGAUUUUGUGAUAUUUAAGGAAUAACGCAUUUUAAAAGAGCCGUUCAAUCCCCUUCCUUCUGAGAGUUAGGCGAGAACAUUGAUUGUCACGUUUGUGCUUUUCCGCUUUAACUUUAUGUGAAAUGGAAGAGAAAGAAAAAUCCCAUGGUAGUGCCGUCAAACCGAACCAUAAUCACAAAACAACCGCUGCAAUGUGGCACAUAUUAAUGGAAGUAAACAACAGGAUGCAUCAUGAGACGUCUACAUAUAUAUAUUAACAUGCCACAAGUGUAGUUUUGUCAUCAUGGCUUGCUUUGACGUGAGCAGUAUUUGGAAAACUGGUGCGUACAGAUAGCUGGGAUGGGCCUUGAACGCAGCAUUCGGCACAGAGCAGAAGCCAGGAAGCGACUAGCUUAGCUCAGGGAGGAAAUAGCAAGCUUAAAACCUCCUCAAGCUCACUUUCUGGUGGCGUUGCAGUAAUGUUUUCUUUCAGGAAAAAAAAACAAAAACAGUUUCCCUGUUGCAAGUCUUGAGGUUGUUAGCCUAGCUUAGCAUUAGGAGGGGAGACAGCUAGCAUGGUUCUGCUGACUUUCUGGAGUCCAAUCUGCAGGAUAGUUCCAUUGCUCAGCUUGAUAUGGUUUGUGAUUAAACAGUGGAGAUACUUGCUGAUUAGUUUCCAGUCUUUAUGCUAAGCUAAGCUAGCUGCCUUCAGACGAGUGACACACAAAACGUGGGAUUGAUACCAAUGUCCUCCAGUUCUUUUAAAGAAAGUGAGCGAGUCUUUUAGUAGUGCUGCUGUUGGUUAGUCCGCUGCACAUAAGGCAAGAUAGUUAAGGUUUAAGACGUACUGGUUAACAGGUACCCUUUCUGCGCUUGACACUAAAGCCAACAGUGUGAAAUUCUUCAGUUUUUGAUGAAUUGCCAAUUUUUUUAAACAGAAGAAUCAAGACAAUAUUUUCUCUGUGGUGUUUGGGAUCAAUAUUAUUAUUAUGAUGUAAAUUCUGAGCUAUAUUUUUGAUUGGAGGUUUUAUGACAAAUUGAGUGUAUAUUAAGAUAAAGAAUUAAAUUAUACCAUCUUUGUUCAUAUUAUAUUUUUCUAUUCCUGCUUCGUUUUCUCCGCAUUUUGUACGACGAUAUCGCUCAUGCUGUUCUUCAUGGACAGCAGUGACAGUCUGAUGUAAACUUCUGGACAAUCCCAGUGUCUCGUGUAUUUAAACGUCUCUUUGCACUUUUCUGUGCCAUAAAUCAUACUUGACAAACUUCACAAAAGUGCCUCAACAUAUUUUCGUGAGAUUUUUUUUCUAUUCUUUCCACUUUUACCUGCUUCGAAACUGUGUAAAUUUUUAAAAUUCCUGCAAAAUGAAUGUCAAUAAAUUUGGAUUAUACUGGAAAA